GAUUUGCCACAGCUUACAUCAUUCAUGGAUGAGGUCUGCAAGACAUUUGGCUGCUUAGAAUUCGAUUUUCCUGUUUCAUUUAGGGAACUGUUUUGGAUAGUACUUGCAUAGCACUUACACGGAACUCUUACCAAGAAAAUCCAAAAAAUGAGAUAUUCUGUUUUACACCAAUCAGUUAUAAAAACAAAUUCAACGGCAAGGACCAGCUAUGAAUGCUUCUCUACCCUUGUUACUAGUAGUGGUGGCUAGUUUAUCUAUUUCCGUGGACUCAUAUGGACACUUAAAUGAGAACAUGAAUAAAGCGACUGUAAAAAAAACUAAGGAUGGUUGGCAAUGUGCCGGAGUAACCUGCCCUAAAAAGUUUACAUCGUAUUGUACAGUGACCAAGAUUUUGAAGCCAACUGAAAAACUGCACACCGAACUUCUUAUCUUAUGCAUGGAUAACAAGAAUAAGGCCAGGUGUGGUGUAACGCGAACUAGAAAAGGCGAAACAGAGCAACUUUUAGAAGUGGACGAAGAUGGAAACACGCGAUAUUCGCAAAAAGAGAGUAUUACGAUCACUGAUGGUACAACGAUUCCGAGGUGCCCAUUCGUACCGCCAAAGCCAUAAUCGAUUUCACACAAAUAUAUAUAUUUUAUUCUUCACAUGGUAUUUAACUUCUAAAUAUUAUCGACUACAAAAAUAAAUAUGUAUUUUGU